GCCAAUAUGUUUUUACUUAAAACGCAUUAACGGUUUCUGGUCGACAUUUGACAGAACAGUCGGCGUCUCUAUUAAGGCUAAUUAUUAUAUAUGAAAGCGCAAGAAUAACUAUUCACUUAGAACGUGUGUUUACAAUACAUAAGUUAUAUCUGUUGGUCUAUGGGAUGAGACUUUCUUACCGUGGACACCUGUUGAUCAAUCGCCGGAAAAAAGGCACAUCACAUGAUCUCAAUUUGGUCAAAUUGUUCAUCAAUAUAAGCGUGUCUCCAUCGUUGGACCCUCCAGACUGACUUGCUUGGUAGAAAGUAACCAAGUAGCCACGACGAUAUUUUAAUGGUUGGUAUGACACGUCUGUGCAUGUGGCUUUGAACUCUAGCAGCCGGAGGUUCCAGCAGGGAGCGCCGCAAAUCCCACUUGAUAACAGCCCACAGCGCUUUUACUCACUUUUGCGCACAAGCCAUGCAUCAUUUUUUUUAUUUCCAAACUGGUGAGCUACUAUGGUCGAUUGGCAUUUCUUUUGCCAUAGUAGGUUCGAGUUCAUCACUGGACUUUCUGGACUCGUUCAUUGUAGGUCGAUGCACACGAUGCUCGGUGUGAUGAUGUGGAAAUCUAAAACACAGAUGUUGCACUGAUGUGAGUGGAAACUGUGUCCAGGAGAGCAAGGCGGCUUGUGAGCAACAGCAAGAAAAAAGUAUGACACUAAACGCGGGGUUUUAUAAUGUUCAUGUGGUGACAGUCCACUGAUUUAAUAUCAACCUCAAGGAGAUUGACGUGUCCAAGUUUGGAGCACUUUUUGGCGAUGUGGGAACAUCAUCCAUCAAAUAAUGGAUUUAGUACCACACGUCUAAAAAGUGUGUGUUUUUAAGCAUGCCGUUUCGAGGUGCAGUCUUGGGGAAAACACCCCCUUGUGGGGCCCUUGUGCCGAGCGGUUAAUACUCAAUAUGAGGAUGCAGGAUCAUUAUGAUUAAGUUUAGGUUUGAUUCCUGGUUGAGGGUAGCCAUAUGUUUUGGAUGGUUAGGUUCAGGGUGAGAGGCUGCCAAUGAAGGACCCCACAUAAAUGGUGUGACAAUGGUGUACCUGGUUCAGAUAUACUUGUGGGGAACUGAUUCUUGGAAAUGCACCUACUUGUGAGGACAUUUUGCUCCCCACAAGUCCCCACAAGGUCAAGCCUCAAAUUGAGGAUUAACACUUCAAAAUAACCAGCUCAUUGUAGUUGAAUUUGAGUUUGAUUUAGGUCCUGGUUAAGGUUAGCCAUGUGUUUUGGAUGAAUGUCCCCACAAUACAUGCAUGUAUGUAUAUAUGUACUAUAUGUGGGUGUAUGUCAUCACUUGCAUAUGUGCACGUAUAAGUGCACGAACUAGGUCUAUACAUGUUUAUAUACACGCUGACAAACACAUUACACACUUAUAUAUAGACAUUUAAACGCAUUCAUUUCAGGAUUCCACCACUAAUGUGUUUGCAGUGGCAGAUAUGAUGACAGGCACUGCUAUGUUCAUAUCUACAUUGAUUGUUGCAUGGUAAAGCCCAGUCAAUAAAGGUGCCUUUAUUUUACUUCCUUUCAGGCAUGAAUUCUUCUGCCUUAAAUUUUUACUCCUGGUACUACAGUCGCCCUCCAGAGUCCAAAAGAAAGUGGGUUACAGCAGGCUGCAUGCAACUGUCCGUGUUUGUGUGUGAGACAGACAGAGCAAACUAGAGAGAUCAGCUUCCUCUCUAUAUCUGGGAGUGAUGAUGCAGAGGCCAAUCGAAGCGUGGGCCGCGCUCCGCGGAUUGUUAUUUGGUGAAUGUAUGUUAUUGGGGGGGUAAGCGCGUCAGCCAAUGGCCGCGCCGCUGGGUGAACAUGUGACCGCCCCUCCUCAACCAUUCAUCAGGGCUGGACUGUGUUGUCUUUUCAAUUCAUUUAUCUGCAGGAAUGAUUGCGACUAUCAGUCUGGAGCUCACCGCCUGACUGAGGAGGUGAAAGUUGAGCCACAGGAAGACAAACCGCACAAAGACAAUACUGCGUGUUUACAUGCUCGUGGACGCGCCGUGCAUGGGCAUCUUCGGCAGAAAGAGAGGAAAAGUGCAGCGGAUUUGAGAGUUUGCUCGGUCGAGUCAGGUCCAAUAGACAGUGAGAGAGAGGGGGAGGAAGAAUAUCUGUGCGCGUUUUUUUGACUCCUGCUCUCAGUCGUCUCGGCGAGUGAAGACUGAAGAUGCUCCUGGACGCUGGACCGCAGUAUCCCACGCUAGGAGUCACUACUUUCGGCUCCUCGCGGCAUCACUCAACAGGCGAAGUCACAGAGAGAGAAGUGGCGUUGGGGAUCAAUCCCUUCGCGGACGGGAUGGGCGCCUUCAAGAUCAACCACAGCUCCCACGACAUCGGCUCCGGGCAGACGGCGUUUUCCUCGCAGGCGCCCGGUUACGCAGCAGCCGCCCUCGGGCACCACCACCACCCGACCCACGUCGGCUCCUACUCCACCUUCAACUCCACCCGGGAGUUUCUCUUCAGGAAUCGGGGCUUCGGGGACGCCGCCGGAGCGCAGCACAGUUUGUUCGCCUCCGGGAGUUUCGCGGGGCCACACGGACACUCAGAUGCGGCGGGACACCUGCUCUUCCCCGGGCUCCACGAGCAAGCGGCCGGCCACGCGUCCUCCAAUGUGGUCAACAGCCAGAUGCGACUGGGCUUCUCCGGGGACAUGUACGGCCGGGCGGAGCAGUACGGCCACGUUACGAGCCCGCGCUCCGACCACUACGCGUCCACCCAGCUGCACGGCUACGGCCCCAUGAACAUGAACAUGGCCGCGCACCACGGAGCCGGGGCCUUCUUCAGGUACAUGCGGCAGCCCAUCAAGCAGGAGCUCAUCUGCAAGUGGGUCGAGCCGGAGCAGCUGACCAACCCCAAAAAGUCGUGCAACAAAACUUUCAGCACGAUGCACGAACUGGUGACCCACCUGACGGUGGAGCAUGUGGGGGGCCCGGAGCAGACCAACCAUAUCUGCUUCUGGGAGGACUGUUCCAGAGAAGGGAAGCCCUUCAAAGCCAAAUACAAACUUGUGAAUCAUAUCCGGGUACACACUGGGGAGAAGCCCUUCCCGUGCCCUUUCCCCGGCUGUGGCAAAGUCUUUGCGCGUUCAGAAAAUCUCAAAAUCCACAAAAGGACGCACACCGGUGAGAAGCCUUUUAAGUGUGAGUUUGACGGCUGCGACCGGCGGUUUGCAAACAGCAGUGACCGCAAGAAACACAUGCACGUCCACACGUCCGACAAGCCGUACCUGUGCAAAAUGUGCGACAAGUCCUACACACACCCCAGCUCCCUCCGAAAACACAUGAAGGUUCACGAGUCCACUAAUCCCGGAUCGCAGCCAUCGCCUGCGGCCAGCUCAGGCUACGAGUCCUCCACGCCCCCCACCAUCGUGUCCCCGUCCACAGACAACCAGAGCAGCACUUCGAUAUCACCAGCAGCCUCUUCAGUACACCACACCAGCAGCCACAACACGCUGACGUCCAAUUUCAAUGAAUGGUACGUGUAAAUAUAGUGGUGGGGUGGUGGCACUGCGGAAUCAAAGACUUUAUCGUGGAAAGAAUCAUCCCCUUCCCCAAAAAAACGAGCAAUUACCGGCUGCCCUUAUUGUCAUGCAUGGACAAUUACCGACAGGAGGACAGCUAAACUAUUAUUUUUACCGAAAGACUCCAAAAUAAAAGCAUGUUCUGGAUUUUUGUACAUAAGUAUUUCACCAAAUGUGGGGGAAAAUGUAUUUUAUUUUGUAAAUAUCACAAGGGAAUUUGUGUAAAAUGUGCUCCCUAGAUAUAUGGAAAAAUGCUUUUAUCGGAUUGACUGAAAAAGAAUGUUAUAGUUGUGUACCAAAAUGUGAAUUAUUCAGUAUUUACAGUCUACGACUUCCUCUUAGUAUUCAAUGUGCUUUUUGUAGACUCCAGUGCAACAUCCUUUUUCCGUCCAAUUAAAAAAAAGUAGCACAGUAUCAUUGUUGUUAUUUAAAUGUCAUGUCGAUUAAAAAUGAAAUCGUGUAGUGAAAAAAAAACCGUGUCGAUCUGUUCAUGUACGUGAUAACUAUAAACAAAAAAUAUCUCUUGUCUUUGUCUGGAAGGUAAAGUAGCUCAAUUUUCCAUAUUUAUCCGCAUGUGAUGUUAGAUAUGAUCGAUAUUUAUGGAGAAAUGCGCUCGUAUGUAAUAUUUAGUUUCAAAAAUAAAUGUUUGGAUACAUUUUUCGUACUAUAUUAAAGGAUUGAAAAUACUGUUAAAGGCGUUGGGGGUUAU